AGCAGGCACAACAGGUACAGAUUACAAUACAGCCUGCCUCACAAUGCCUUCGUUAUCAGGCUUUCAUUUCCGUUUUGGCUGACACUUGCGUGGCUUUCACAACAUCUGAGUUGUGGGCUCUGACUAUCAGAGCAGAAACCCGCACCACUUCCUCACUCAACGUCAAACGUUGACGGUAAUUGAGUGCCGAUUGGCUGCCUUGGCCUUCAUUGACUCUGAGUCGCGCUUCCAAGUACUAGUAGCUCCCGUUUCGUCCACAGGCAGGAUGUUUCUCCUCGACUACCUCCAGUACCGGCGAGAUUGCCGUUUCAAACAAGCCGAGCGCGCCUCCCGCAUCGAAUCUCUCACGGCGUACCACGGCUCUCUCACAGCAGCUGACAAAGAAACCCUCACACGCCCCAUUGAAGAGCUUGUCGCCUCCGUCCAGUCCGGCACCGUCAACCCGGUCCAGGUCCUGCGCACGUACGGCAAGCUCGCCCUGAAGGCCCACAGCCGCACCAACUGCCUCACCGAGAUCCUGCUCCCCUCCGCCGAGAAGUGGCUCGCCAAGGAGGGCGAGAUCAAUUUGCAGGGCCCGCUGGCCGGCAUCCCCGUCUCGCUGAAGGACACGGUUGUCGUGGCCGGCUAUGACACCACGGUCGGGUACAGCGCCUUCGUGGGCAACAAGACGCUCCGCGACGGGCCCAUGGUGCGCAUGCUCAAGGACGCCGGCGCCGUGCCGUACGUGAAGACGAACUGCCCCAUCACGCUGCUCUCGUUCGAGAGUACCAACGCCGUCUGGGGCCGGUGCACCAACCCGCACAACGCCGCGUACUCGCCCGGCGGCAGCACGGGCGGGGAGUCGGCGCUGCUGGCGAUGGGUGGCAGGAUAGGCAUCGGGAGCGAUGUGGCGGGUAGCGUGAGGGUGCCGGCGCAUUUUGCCGGCUGCUAUUCCAUCCGCUGCUCGACGGGGCGCUGGCCGAAAGUGGGCAUCUGCACGAGCAUGCCCGGGCAGGAAGGGGUGCCGAGCGUGUAUAGUCCCAUGGCGAGGACGCUGGGGGAUUUGACGUACUUCACGAGGGCGGUGCUCGGGGAGAUGAGGCCGUGGACGUAUGAUUACACGGUCCAUCCCCUGCCGUGGAGGGCGGAGAUUGAGGAGGAGUUUGGGGAUGUGGGGAGGAAGCUGAGGGUUGGGGUCCUCCGGACGGAUGGAGUUGUUGACCCUAGCCCGGCCUGCGUGAGGGCGCUGACUAUGGCCGAGGAGGCGUUGCGGAGCCAGGGCUGUGAGAUUGUGGAAGUGGAAGGGGCGCCGGAUAUGUACGAGGGUCUGAGGCUCGCGUCCUUGUUGCUGAACGCGGAUGGGUGCCAGAUGUUUGAGUCGUUCCGACGCUUCGGAGAGUGGCUUGACCCGGGGGCUGCGCAGAUGAGGCGGCUGGCUGGGUUGUGGACGCCACUGAGGUGUCUUUACUAUCUCUGGGUGAAGUACGUGCAGCGAGACCACAUCUGGGCUGGGUUGGUCAGGAACUGGCGAGCCCAGUCAGCGUUUGAGAACUGGAAGCUUGUCAGCCAGAGAGAGGUGUACCGGGCGCGAUGGUUCGAGUGGUGGAACGAGCAGGGUCUGGAUGUCAUCAUCUCGCCGCCAAAUGCCACGCCUGCGGUGCCGCAUGAUGGAAUGCGGGACGCGGUGAGCAGCUGCGGUUACACGUUCUUGUUCAACCUGCUCGACUACUCCGCCGGCGUGCUGCCCAUUACCCACGUCGACAAGGCGUUGGACAAGCUACCCGCGUCCUUCAACUCGAAGAAGCUGCAUAGAGUCGCCAGAGGGGCCUACAAGCACUAUGACGCGGAGCGAAUGCAUGGGUUGCCCGUGGGAGUGCAGGUAGUAGGCCGCCGAUUAGAGGAGGAGAAGGUCCUGGCUGUGAUGAAGAGGCUGGAGGACGCGCUAGGGGAUGACAAGUACCAGCUGCUGGACUUGGAUGAUCUUGACUAGGUGAAAUAGCGUGUUCCUGGUGGGACAUUCGGAAGAGGCAAGAGAUGUGUAUGCAGAAAAAAGUGUUUCCGACUGCAUUCUGCCAUAUGCGGGAAUUCUAGUAAGGUACCAUCUCUUCAGCUGUUUCGUUUACUGCGAGCAUCAUCAUCACAAGUUUCGGGCCAGACGUGGUGUUCCCUUGAAAGCGCCGACAUCGGCGUCUGUGAAGCGCUCCCUGCACG